AUGGUUUCUUAUGAAAUAGCAGUAGGGCUCUUUUUUCUGUUUCAGACUGGAUUUGGGAUCCUGGGAAACUCUUUCCUUCUGGGUCUAUAUAUUGUCAUUUUCUUUGUUGGUCCUAGGAUGAGACCCAUAGAUCUGUUUCUUACCCACCUCGUCUUUGUCAAUGAUUUGGUGCUUCUCUUAAAAGGGAUCCCUCAGACAAUGGCUGCUUUUGGGCUCACCAAUUUCUUGAAUGAUGUGGGAUGUAAACUUGUCUUUUACUUUCACAAAGUGGCCAGAGAUCUUUCUCUCUGCACUACCUGCCUUUUGAGUGGUUUCCAAGCCAUCACGUUAAGUUCCAAAAGCUUCUGGUGGUCAAAAUUUAAAGCUAGAGCCCCAAAAUACAGUGUCCCAUUCUAUUUCAUAUGCUGGACUUUCCAUCUACUAACAAAUCACAAGAUUCUUUUAUAUAUGAAUAGCCCAAAGGAAAGCAACAACAUCACUAAAAGAAAAAAUUACAUUUAUUGUGAUUCCAUAACUGCUGUUUCAUUAGAUAUUAAACAAUAUCUACUUACAAUUUCCCUUCCUGAUGUUUUGUGGAUUGGAUUCAUGGUGGGGACUAGUGGAUAUAUGAUUUAUGUUUUGUACAGACAUCGUCAGAGGGUCCAGUAUGUUCAUGGCAUCAGACUCACACCUUGUGGCUCCCCUGAGACCAGAGCCACCCAAACUAUCCUGCUUCUUGUCAUCCUGUUUGUCUCCUUUUAUUCUCUCAAUUCAAUCCUAGCAUUAUACAUUUACUAUGAGAAAUCUUCCUCCUGGCUGUUUCAUAUCUCUGCCUUCCUGUCUGCCUGCUUUCCAGCUUGUAGCUCCUUUGUUCUAAUAGUCAGUGACUCACAAGUUCGCAGAUGCUACUUAGCACUCUGGGAAAAGACAAUGAUACAAUUCUGA